AUGUUGCAGCGAACGGGCCCGCAAGAUGUCGGGAUCGAAAUUCCCCGUCGUCGUACCACUACCUCAUCGAGUGAUGGUGCCGACUGGCGUAACUUGUGCGUACUCACGAACGAUGAUGCAGUGUCGGAGAACGAAUUAAACAAGAUGGAUACGGCGGCUCCACCAAAACGUGAUCAUAUUGCGUUACUUAUGGAAAGGUGGCGUAUUGCUGCACGUAAAGCGCGUAACAUCACAAAAGAUCCAUGGUCGCAUUUUUUUAUUUGCGAAGUUCCUAUUAUGCGUGCAAAACGUUAUCGUUAUUCAUCUAUUAGAAAAACAUGGACUGAAGAUAUCGUUGAAGUACGUCUUAAUCCUGAACCAUUUGCUCGUGGUGCAAUGCGUGAAUGCUAUCGUUUGAAAAAACUUCCAACAAAUAGUCAUCAAAGUGAUUGGAAAUAUGCUCACAACUAUGUGGCCAAACGUUAUAUCCAACAAGUGGAUCGCUCGGUUCUUUUCGAAGACGUUAAACUACAGAUGGACGCGAAACUUUGGGCUGAAGAGUACAAUCGAUAUGAUCCUCCCAAGAAGAUCGAUAUCGUACAAAUGUGUGUUUUGGAAAUGAUUGACCUGCCAUCUAAGUCGUUGUUCCAUCUUGAACAUUUCAUUGAAGGUGACUAUAUCAAGUACAAUUCGAAUUCCGGUUUCGUUUCCGAUAUCGCCCGGAAAACACCUCAGGCAUUUUCCCAUUUCACCUUCGAGAGAUCCGGCCAUCAAAUGAUUGUUGUGGAUAUUCAAGGAGUUGGAGAUCUUUACACUGAUCCACAGAUCCAUACAGUUGUUGGGACGGAUUACGGUGAUGGCAAUCUAGGCACCCGAGGAAUGGCUUUAUUUUUCCAUUCCCAUCUAUGCAACGAUAUUUGCCACUCACUGUGCCUAACGGAAUUCGACUUGUCCGAUUCGGAACGGGAUUCUUUACUGGAUGGAUCAGCUUCUAAUUCCCGUAACCAGUCAACUAUCUUCUCUCAUCAAGCGAGUGCCUGUUCGGCAAUAGUCCCGGAGCUCAUUCAGGAGGAUGCAAUGGAGUGUCUUCGACAGCGUACGAUUUCGUUGCGGAGUCAUAUGUCGUCCGUAUGCGAUUCCAAGUUGGGAUCACAUACAGAUGUGAAAGUGCAUGAUGACGACUGCAUCUGUGAAGAUUGCCUGGCUCAGGCUACUGUGGAUGUUUCCUGUGAGGCACUUGUCGAUGUCGUGGAUGAGGACGAUGAAGAUGACAAUAAGCCUUGUCCAGUUCGGAAAGUCGGCUUUCAUUCUCUCAGUGUUGAGCGUUCUGAUCGCUCUGAGCGCUCUCGCUCCGACAGUUUCAGCAGUUCUCUCGGAUCCAGCUCAAUGGGAAGUUCGUCGCGAGUGACCCGUGACACCGAGAAGGAGGAGUUUUGGGCCAUGGCUCGGAAGAAAUCUAUACCAGCUGGCAUUCUUUCUGCUAUGGAACUACAGAAACUGCAACAAGCAGCCGAGGCUUCGAGGCUCACCCAGCACGCGUCAAUUCUAGGACAAAUUCAUCUUGAUCUCGCACGAUAUCACGAAUUGGGGCGGUUUCUAUCGGAAGAGGACAACGAUGCCAAACGGCUUGCUCUUGGCGAUACGGAAAUUGAAGAAGCUUCAAAAGAACAUGAAGUCAAGUACGACAGAGAGUCAGCUUUAUUCCAUCUCGACAUCGCCAGACGCUGUGGUGUACUGGAGGCAAUUAUCACCGUCGCCCAAAUGGCUUACAAGUUGCCUCAUGAUCUUUUGAAGGAUAUCGGUGACGAUGAGAUUUGGACAAAAGACGAUGAUGAGGAAGGAAUAGUCAAUGAUCAUGAGGAAUUCGCUUUCGAAUUAAUGCUAACAGCUGCGGAAAUGGGUGACCGUGGAGCUAUGCUCUUCGUUGCCGAAGCCUACGAAACUGGGCGGAGGAUGGGUGCCAAUGGCCAGCCCAGUUAUCCAGAUGCAAUAAAAUGGUACGAAAAGCUUGUUGGUUUCAAUGACGACAAUGACGAGGACAGCAGUGAAGGAGCGGCACUUCCACGGUAUGAAGUAUUGGCAAAGAUAGCACAGAUGUACCAGGAAGGGGGAUGCGGCUUGGCACAAGACUUUGAACGAGCCUACAACUUGUAUACGGAAGCCGCUGAAGUUGCUAUUGAGGCUAUGAAAGGAAAAUUGGCUAAUAAAUAUUAUGAACAGGCAGAAAUGUGUGCUCGUUAA